CAAAACGGUGUGAACGGGUGAGGAGUAAAGGAAAAAUUUGAAUAUUGAUCAAAAUGACGUCGUGUUUUUGCGUGUUUACAUACAUCCAAAGUGUUUUUUUUUGUUUUUGAUAUUUGCUUGAUUAUCAUUUCAAUUAUCAUGUGGUUUUGAAGGUGCAAAUUUGUAUCUAAAAAGGAUAACAAUCUCCCAUUCCCACCUUCUCUAUUCUUGGCAUUUUUUUUUCGGCAAGAAGAACGCAAAUUCGGAAAUAUAUAAACCGAUGCUGCUACUUUUGUAAUCAGUUCAAAGACUUACCAUUCCGUGAUUACUUCUUUGAAAGACUUUUAUUUUGUGUGUAAAAAUGUUGAAGUUGCUUUUCAUUGCGACAUUAAUUGUGUAUGCGGUAUCAAUUCCGCUGGACGAUAAUUCAAAUCCACCAAAGGAUGAUUCAAAAGAUUUGACGGACUUUAGCUCGGAUGGAACUGAUGACCACAAAUUUAGCAAACGCAACAGUCUUGCUGGCGCAGCACAUGCUUUGGCUGUGAAAUCCGAAGCAACAGAUGAUGAGAAUUCGAAAAAACCGAAACGUGACGUCGAUACUGACACAGAUCCCGAUCUAAAAAUCGACGAGCCUAGCAAAAGCGAUAGGAAAGUUCGUGAUGUUUCAAAAGAGAAAUCACCUCCGAAACCAGAGCGUGAAAGUCGAGAUACUACAAAUCAAAAGGAGCCGCCCAAGACAAAUCCACAUCGUGUUGCUCGUGAUAUAAUAAAAGAUAAAAAACCAAAACGUGAAGCACUAGACACACCCGACUCAAGUAAACCAAUUCCACAGCCACCAAAAUCAGCUCCAAAUCACAAACGGGACACUGGUGGAGACGAUCCAAAAAAGCACAUCGACGAUGACGAUGAUGACCAUAAACGUCUAUCUCGCUCCGCCGAACAAAAAGACAAAACUCCUGACCACAAACCCAAACGAGACACCAAUGAAGACGAUGGAACCAAUCAUAUUGACAAAAACGAUAGCAAAACUCAACGGAAAGUUCGCUCAGCGGAUGAAAAAAAGAAAACACCCGAGUCAAAAACCAAACGUGAUACGGGAAGAGAUGAUCCAAAAAAGCAUUUCGACAACGAUGACGACGACAAUGAUGAUCAUAAGCGCGUAUCUCGUGCAGCAGCUGAAGACAAAGAUAAAAGGCCUAAGCGUGAAACAACGGAGCCGAAGCCGGAUUCAAAAGACGCAAGGAAAAUACCUUUGUGGUGAAUCUAAUUCAAAGGGAAAGCAUUAAAUCACAACGGCAACGGAAUACUAUUCAGAGAAAACAAAUCCUCUCAAAUGCUAAUAUACAGUAGUUUUUAGUGAUAAAAUUGUUAUUUCGAUCGAGCUAUACAUACAUAUGAUGGAAUAAAAUCGGUCACAUUUGCAACAGAAUCGUGUGCCUUUUUUUUCAUAUGGUGUGAUUGAGUGCAGUGAGAGAAUAGUUGCAAUACACUUGAAAUUAGGGCUCGGUCUCCUGCCAUAUCGUAUACAUGACAGUCAAAGCUGUGUGCACGUGUAUGUGUUCGCCCUACUGUCACAUAUCGUAUUCCAGCUGUCAACGUUUUGCCUGACAGCAACUCAAAUGAAAACGAGAAAUUCCAAUUUCAUAUUUGUUUUAAAUAAUCAUAGGUUCUGUUUUCUCUGCAGUUUUAAAUCUGGCAAUGGUUUUGUCUGGUUAUCCUUCAAAAGAAUUUUCGUAUGAAUUAUCAGUCAUUAUUGGUCAUCCGGUAUAAGGCAUCAACUUAGGCCGUGUACACGAGUUUCAAUUUCGAGUCAUUUAAGAGGUGAAUUGAAAGAGUGCAUUUUAUUAUUGUUGCAAUGUUUCUUGUGAUUUAUUUUUGAAACCCAAACAACAAAAACACACAAACAUAUCCAAUACAUCUGCUAUAGAUCUUAAUUCUCAUGCUUUAAAUGGCAAUAAACUACCAAAUUGAGUUGUGUCGCACGCGACCACAGAAAAUUGCGGUCGCUCUUGAAUACAUGCAAAAAGCGUAUGAAUAAUGACAAAAACAAAAACGACAAUAUGCAAAACACCACUCAUUUGAGCAAUACACAGCUGCGGAUUCCCAUUGAAUUAACAGCAACCGAAGAGAAGAGAGAGAGAAUAAAAAAAACACACUUAGUCCACACGGACAACAGCUAAUAUUAGACAAGUAAACAACACAUAGAAAUAAACAACUAAACAAAAACCACACUUGUCUCCUCCUUAGAGUUGUAAUAACAGAAGAAGAAAAAACACUACGGCAUCGAACAUGACUAUGAGUUAACAUUGAAACGAAACGACUUUAAUUCACUUCGAUUCGUCAGUUCGAACAGAUCAGAUUUAUCAUUUUUUACGCUAUUUACUUCACUUUGUUAUCAGUGAAGCGAGAAGAAAAAAACAUUCCAUAAUCGCUGAUUUCGCUCCAUGUUCUACGGUUUUUGUUGCUUCAUGUUUAAUCUUGACACGAGAUUCGUCGCAAAUUGAUUAAUAUUGUUGCAUUGCAUUGGGUGCAUUGAACACAUAAACGUAUACCUGCCUCCAAAAAUUGUGUGUACUCAAAGCAAUAAAAAGAAUAAAAUACCAAAUUCAUUGAUUACUGAAAAUUGUAUUCGUGUGUAAAUUCCAAUAUAGAAUGUGUUCUGAUCAAAAUCAUAUAACCGGAUCAAUUUCAAAUCAUCUUGAAAAUGGUCAAAAUGAUCCGAUUUGCGUUGCAGUUACUAUCGAUAUCAAUGACAUUUCCGACGGUGCAUUGAAAGUGUUAAAACAAAUUAAACCAUUUUGGCCAAUAAACAAUGUUCAAUUCAAGAUUUUUACAAACGGCACAACAAACAAACUUAUUGGCUGUUGCAUCCCAAAGCACAAUAAUAACGACGAAAUUCCGCUCGGAGGUGAGGAUAACUUAAAUCGCUAUGAAGUGAUUUUAAUCCGUAUUUACGGCAAAAAUACGGAAGUAUUAAUUGAUCGGCAGAAGGAGGUAGAAAAUUUUAAGUCAUUACAUAGAUAUGGUUUUGCACCAAAAUUACUGGCAACAUUCAACAAUGGUCUGGCCUAUGAAUAUACCGAUGGAAAACCGUUGAGCAAAUCCGAUGUUUAUGAUGAGCAAAUAUGGCGGAAAAUUGCACAGCGAAUGGCCGAAAUGCACAGGGAUAUCGAUUGCGUACCGCUGAAUGAACCGGUGCUUUGGAAGAAGAUCAAUAAAUUUUUCGACCUAAUUCCCACCAAAUAUUCCAAUCCAGUCACACAACAAAGACGAGAAGAGCUGCUGCCACCCAUUCAUGAAAUUCGAGCCGAAUUCAAUCGAUUGUAUGCGGUCGUAAGUAAAAUUAAGAGCCCAGUUGUAUUUGCUCAUAAUGAUUUGUUGCUAGGGAACAUUUUGUACGAUACAUCGGCCGAAAUAGUCACAUUCAUCGACUAUGAGUAUGCGGAUUACAAUUUUCAAGCAUUUGAGAUUGGUAAUCAUUUCACCGAAUUUGCCGGUAUGACCGAUAUUGACUACACUCUUUACCCGCCAAAAGAGUACCAAUUGGAUUGGCUUCGUGAGUAUCUGACACACUACCAUAAGCACGAUUCAAGCGUUGUCACCGACGAGUAUGUCCAUCAACUGUACGCCGAUGUCAACAAAUUCGCUUUGGUUGCACACUUUUUCUGGUUGAUUUGGGGCCAUAUACAAGCUGAACACUCAGAAAUUGACUACGAUUUCUUAGAAUUCGCCAGCCUAAGAUAUAAUGAGUAUUUAGCAAAACGAGAUGCAUUUUUGUCCUUAUGAUUUCGUCCGUAUUUUCUAUUUACGUCAACACAUUGUGGACUAGCUGGAAUGGCAGCAGAUUUGAACCCGUGAGCAUAAAAACGACUUAUUAAAUAAUCGCCGAACAAAACGUACCACAGCGGUAAUGUGUAGCACAGCGGAGUUUCGUUUUGAACGGUACCGUCCUGCUGUGUUAUGUUUUUAACGUGUGUUUUGUUUGGUAGUUUUUUCUUGUAUCGUUUUGUUCGGCGAUUGUUUAAUAAGUCGUUUUUAUGCUCACGGGUUCAUUUUACUUAUUGUUUUCCCAAAAUAAUACAAAUCACGGGCUAAGAGCUCAGGUGCCAAUGAAAAAAGUCAUUAGAAGUUUAAAAGGUCCAUUCAAUGAGUUGGCCCAAACGCUUACCUUUCCAUUCACACUAGCAAUAGUCGGCAUGUAAAAUAAAUUGCAAUAAUGUUAUUUUUUGGCUAAAAUGAAAAUUUUUGAAUAUAAAGUGUUUUAAACUAAGA